AUGGCUACUAAAAAUGUAGAAAAAAAUAAUAUAUUAAAAAAAUCGUCUCCAUCAAACAAAAGAUUAAAAAUAUGUUGUAAAAUUAACAAAUUAAUACAAAAAAAUAAAAUAAAAAAAAAGAAAAACAUAAAUGAGAAAAUUGUUAUUAAAAAAAAAAAUAUAGAAAAAAAUCAAGAAAUUAAGAAGAAAGAAGAAAAAGGAAAGAAAAAUAAAUUUAUUGGAAAAUUAAUUAAAAACAAAAAAUAUAAAAAUGAUGCUGGAAUUAAUUAUAAUAAUACUGAUGAUAGUUCAAAAUGUACUAAUAUAGAAGGCGAUAUUUUAAAAGAUAAUUUAAAAAAAAGUAAAAUUAAAUUCAAAAAAGAAAAUAACUUUAAUAAAAGUAAAAUAAAAUGUGCAAAAAAAAACAAUAUAUUUGAAAAUGAAAACAAAAUUAAAUUAAAAAAAAAAAAAAAAAAAAAAGAAAUCAUGAAUAAUAAUAAUAAUGAUAAUACUUCUAAUAAUAAUUAUAUUAAGGAUGCAGAUAUUUCUUCAUUUGAAGAAAAAUUUAGAAAUUUAGAAAAUAAAAAAAAGUUAAAUAAAAAAUUUUUUGAUAUAGAAGAAGAUUCUUUACAUAUAGAUAAUGGUACAAAUAAAAAAGAAUUUUCAGAAAAUUUUAUAAACUUCUUAAAAAAUUAUGAAGAUGUAGAGGAAAAAGAAUCAAAAAGAAAUAAAAAUAAUAAUGAAAAUGAUGUUAUUAGUGAUGAUGAUUAUAAAUAUUUAUCAUUAAAAGAUGAUAUAUACAAAGUAAAGAAUUCUAAUGAAAAAAUAGAUAUUUCUGAUUUAAUUUAUUCUGUUGAUAAUUCUUUAGGUUAUCAGAUUGAUAAUGAUAUAAAAUAUUUAAAGAAUGAUAAUACAAAAUAUACUAAUAGGCAUUUAUCAGUUAUAGAAGAACAGAAAAUUAACUCCUCUUUAGCAUAUAUUAAAAAUAUAGAAACUGUAAAUAAAUUUAACAAAGCUUAUAAUAUUAUACAAAAUUCAUAUCAAGUUCAGUUUGGUUGUGAAAAAGAAGAAAAUCUAAAAUCAGAUGAAUUUCUUAAUAAAAAUAUUUUGAAAAAAUUUAAUGAAGCAAAAAAAAAGAAUAAUAAUGAUAAAAUAUAUGAAGAAAAAGUAAACAUUGAGAAAAAUAAUGAAAAUACAAUUAAAGAUAACAAUGUAAAUAAUGAUGAUACUAUUUAUGAUUAUGAUUUUGAAGAAGAAAUGAAAAAAAAUUUAAAAAAAUCUAAAAUGCUAAUUGUAUCUGAUGAUAUCCUUAAAACUGAAAAGGAAAAAAAAAAUGAAGAAUUGAAGAAAAUAGCACAACUGAAAGCAUUAUUAUCAUUAGAACAUAAAAAAAAUGCAUAUAAAAAACGUAUUAAAUCUAAAUCAUAUAGAAAAUAUUUAAAAAUCAGAGAAAGAAAGGAAGAAGAAAAAAUUUUAAACAAAUUAUAUUCAGAAUAUCCUGAUAUAGCUAGAGAUAUUAGCAAUUAUGAACAGGAAUAUGCAAAAAAAAGAAAUUUAAUAAAUAAUGUAAAAAAAAGAAAAACAGUAAGUUUACUUAAUCGUUAUAAAAAUGAAGAACUCAGAAAACAAAUUUUAAAAAGUUUUCAAAUAGAUAAAGAAGAAAAAAAUAUGCUUAAGAAAAUUAUAGAAAAAACAGCUAUUGAAGAAAAUUAUCAUUCAUAUGCAAAUUUACAUUCAGAAAUAAAUAAAGGGAUAUCUCAUGAUAAUACAAGUGACAGUGAUAAUGAAAACAACACAAGUAAUGAAGGUGAUGAUGAUGACAGCUUAAUCGAUGAAAAGAAAAAAAAAAUUAAGAAUGAAUUAAAAAAAAGAAAUCUGUUAAGAUUUUCUUUUGUAAAAAAUGCAGAAGAAAUUAAAAAAAAUGACGAAAUAUAUAAAAAAAGAAAAAAUAUGCUUAAUAAAAUAGAAAACGUAAAUGAAGAAAAAGAUUGUUUAAGUGAUUUAUCAAGCGAAAAAGAUAAUAUGGAAGAUUUUAUAAAAUUAAAAAAUGAAAUUACUAAAUCAAAUGAAAAAGAAGUUGCUAAAGCUAAGGAGCAACUAAAAAAUGAUACUGAUUUCUUAAAUUUAUUAAAAAAAGGCGAUAUUCUAAAUAUGAACAACGAUAUUCAAGAUCAAACUAUUUCAAUCGAUGAAACUGAAAAAAACAAAAAUGAAACAAUUGAAUAUAAAAAUGAUCCUAAUAAAAUUGAAUUAGAUAAACAUGUUAUUAAUAAUAAUAAUGUUGAAAAAAACAUUGCAAAUGAAUUAUUCAUUGAUACUUUGAAUAAUAAGGAAAAGAAUGAUGAAAUGCAAAACAUUAAAGAGAAAAAUAAUCAGUUUUUAAAUGAUGAAGCAGAAAAUGAAAUUAAUAAUAGUAAAAGUAUUUCUGAUAUUAAUGCUAUAAAUGAUGAAGAAGAAAAUAAAAUUAAUAAUAGUAAAAGUAUUUCUGAUAUUAAUGCUAUAAAUGAUGAAGCAGAAAAUAAAAUUAAUAAUAGUAAAAGUAUUUCUGAUAUUAAUGCUAUAAAUGAUAAAACAGAAAAUGAUAUUAAUAAUAUUAAAAGUAUUUCUGAUAUUAAUGCUAUAAAUGAUGAAAAUGUUUUAAAAAAAUGCAGUGAAAACAUUAUUGUAUAUAAUUUUGAGCAUAAUAUUUACGAAAAUUAUCUAAAUGUAAAUGAUUAUAACAACAACAAAGAUAAUGAUGAAUUAGAUGAAAUAAGUGAUAGUGAAAGAAUAAAAGAAAUUAAAAUUGAUGCAAAUGAAUGGUGUAAUUAUGACACUUUAUUAGAUUUAGAGAAGAAAAAAAUAAUGAAAGAAAAAGAAAUUAUAGAAAAGAGAAAGAAUAUUCCAUUACAUACAAUAAAUGUACUUAAUAAAAAAGAUAAAAAAUUUGAGAAAUAUUAUAUUGAUAAAAUUCCUUAUCCAUAUAAUAAAAAUGAAUAUGAAAAAACUUUAAAUAUAAAUAUAAAUAAAGAAAUGAACGAUAUAUCUACUCAUAGAAAAUUAAUAUCUCCCCAAAUAACUAACAAAAUUGGUAAUAUUAUAUCACCUCUAAAUAAAAAUCCUUUUGAAAUAGCAAAUAUCUUCACUUUGAAAAAAAAUAAAAAAAAGUCAAAAUUAUAA